GUUGCCCAUUCGGCCACAUCGGGAACCACAUCGAUACCCGGCGGACGUCGCUGACCGCAAGAGAAUUCGAUAUCACUGUGAGAAGGCCGCAGAGCCGCUACACAGCGCCGGCGAGCACCGAUAGACUUUGGAACUUUCCUUUUUCUCUAAGAAAAGAAAAAGGAUGUCCUCACCGCAGGAGGAUGACGACUUUUGGCUCUUCGGUUACGGAAGCUUGAUAUGGAAACCGCCUCCGCACUAUGACAAGCGCGUGCCGGGAUACAUCGAAGGGUACGUCCGCCGGUUUUGGCAAGCCAGCGAGGAUCACCGGGGCACGCCGGAGGCGCCCGGCCGCGUCGUGACGCUGAUUGCCCGAGAGCACUAUGACACACUGACCGACCACCACUUCUCCGCGCGCGACGAGCGCGUCUGGGGCGCCGCGUACCACAUCCCCGCGCCGCACGUGGCCGAGGUGAAGGCGUACCUGGACAUCCGGGAGAUCAACGGCUACUCGAUCGAGUACGCGGCGUUUGCGCCGGCGUCGUCGUCGUCGUCGUCGUCGUCGUCGUCGACGGGCAUGACGAAACCGAUCCGCUGCCUCGUCUACAUCGGGCUGCCGAACAACCCGCAGUUCGUCGGCCCGCAGGACCCGCAAGAGCUCGCGCGGCACAUCCUGCGCUCAAAGGGCCCUAGCGGCCAGAACAGGGAGUACCUGUACAACCUUGAGCGGGCUCUCGCGUCGCUGAGCCCGGAGAGCGGCGACGGGCACGUCAGCGACCUUGCGAGCCGGUGCAGGGCGCUCGAGGCAGAAGGGGGCUGGGAGGUUGAGACGGGCGCCGAGCUUGCGCCGCUGCACCGAGUAGGGAGCACGGAGGAGCAGGAAGAGGUCGAGAAGAUUGGGUAAGAUUGUUGCCAAAGCCAAACCAUCGCUUUUUUUUCAUUUUAAGUCGCAAUACUUCCCCUUCUUCUAUCGCGGAGGAGGGUCCGCAGAAUGAUGCCAGGGAAAGAGAAGCAUGAGAGACGAGGAGCAACAAAGGUACAACUACAAGGGCCCGAUUUUGUUUCUCUUUUUUUUUUUCGUUUUCAAGAUAAAGGAAAAAAAGAGCAGAAUUCGUCAAUUUAGACUCCUUUCCGAUGAGGUCGGUGGUUUUCAAAUAUAGACAAGAAAAGACAUGAAACAAAGAAACUGUUGAUAGAAGCAACAUAGAUGCGGCUUACCCACACCAAGGUCUAUCACGAGUUUUGAAAAAAAAAAUAAUGGAACGUCGAAGCAAACUUGAUAAAUGAA